CAAUGUGGCGCUGCGAGGUCCUCCUGCACUCAGAGGACGCAUGAGAGCUGAGGAAAGUCGGAGCAAACUGAACCAAAGUUAGUGUUGAAGUCAGUCUACCUCCCAAAGUGACCAUGAGAGUCCUCCUACUAAUCUGCAUGCCAGUUCUGCUGCUCGCCCAGGCCCAGUACCAGGAAUCGUUUCCUUUUUUGGAGGACUAUGAUCCAGAUUAUCUUCCAGGGAAUCCAGAUACUGAAAACCAUGAUUCCCUUCCUGGAACCUACCAGCAGCAGGUUCGACUGGAGCCAGUGAUCCGUCCAGAAAAAUCAGGGUCCGAGUUGGAGACAGAGCCCACCGAGCCCGGGCCUCUUGAUUGCAGAGAGGAGCAGUACCCCUGCACCAGACUCUACUCUGUUCACAAGCCAUGCAAGCAGUGCCUCAACAGCCUCUGCUUCUACAGUUUGCGACGGGUAUACGUCAUCAACAAGGAGGUUUGCGUGAGGACCGUGUGUGCGCAUGAAGAGCUGCUCAGAGCGGACCUGUGUCGCGAUCAGUUCUCCCGCUGCGGCGUGGCAGCGCUGAGCGGACAGUGUGCAUCACUAGGAGGAAGCUGUGGAAAGAGCUGCGGUGGCUGCUGAUUGAGCACUGAGAUCAGGGACACUACCUGCCCAGAUACUGCCGCUUUUCUACCAACUCGUCCGCACCCUCUGACUUUGUCCGCCUUCUUCCCCGUUUCUCCUCCUCACUUCUCCUCGUGACUCCUCUGUACAACUCAUUACUCUUGUGCGAAAAGCACCUCUGUACCACUUCUCUGUAUCUUUUAUUUUUCCACAUGUAUGUCAGCCCAGUAGAUCCUGUGUGUAUGGUUAAAUAUACUCCAAAGAACGUUGAUGAUUGUAUAAAUCACUGGUGCUAUAAAAUCAUCACACUGGUGCUAUAAAAAGUUAACCUUUAGAGAUGCACAUAAAACUGCAGAACAUCUUUUUUCUAUUUUUUUGGCAUAUUGUAUCAUAUUAAUCUCAUGCUUUGUGUUUGUUCAUAUGUUACUGUACUUGUGUUGAGAAGCAGUCAUUGUCAAGAUGAUCAACUCAUCAAUGGCGGCCACUGUGCACUGACAUCAGACAAAACGAAUCAAUAUCCAGCCGUCAGCCGUCUCGUCCUUGAAGAUCAUGAGACGUGUGAAAGAAACAGGUGGUGAGUGACCUCAGCUUUUGUACUACUGCCACCUGGAUCUGUGCUUAGCAACCAAGCAGCAAGCUUAUAUAAAUAUAUUCCAGUGGCAACAAGUGCUCUGAAAAGGCAUCUCACAAACGGCCUCUGUACUACUGCUUUGUUAAACUGUCACUAUAAAGACUGAGGAAAAAAAUAAACUUU